CACACAGUUCUCUCUUCAGUCAGUGUAGAAGCAUCAUCUUGAGCUCUGAGAGGAUUUCUGUCGUCUUCAACUCUCUUCUCUGGUGGAGUGCAUGUAAAUGAUGGAGACACUGGUGACGUUCCUCCUCACUGGAUCUCUGAUACAAGGUGUUUUUUGUGGCUACAGUAUCAAUCUGCCACAGAGAGUAGAAGCUCUACGAGGAUCCUGUGUUUUCAUACCCUGCUCAUUUGAUAUUGAUCCACAGCUGAGCAUUUACCUCACUAACAGUGCAAAGAGAAAAUGGUUUAAUGCUGUAACAGAAGUGUUUGACUCCAGCAGCCCCAACACUGGACUGUUAAAAGGAGAAAUAUUUGGCACUGCUUCACAGAAAAACUGCACCACACGCUUCGAUAAUCUUGAUCAGAGUCAUAAUGGGUCAUAUUACUUCAGACUUGAAGCCGGCAUUUUAUUGCAAUAUAACUACAAAGAACCUAAACACACACAAGUUCAAAUUGCCGUCUUAGGAUCUCCACCCAAACCCACACUGAGUCUCUUUAAGGAUCAGCAGGAGGUGAUGAAGAUGAUGGAGGUGAUUGAGGGAAGUUCAGUGAUUCUGCGCUGCUCUACUAAGAUCUUCUGUCCGUCUCGUCCACCAUCUCUCAGAUGGAGCUCAUCUCUCAAUGAGAACGUCUUAGAACAGCAGUAUCAGAACCAAACUGAUCUCAUCUCGGAUCUGAACUUCACUGUUUCUCAGCGUCAUCACAGAGUCACUUUCACCUGCACUGCAACACACCAGCUACAGCAGCCGAUCACGACACAAGAGUCCUGGAUAAUACUAGUUCAGUAUGGUCCUAAAAACACAUCGGUGAGGAUAAAUCCAGCUGGUUUGGUCCUGGAGGGUUGUUCUGUGACUCUGAGCUGCAGCAGUGAUGCAAACCCAGCAGUGAACUACACCUGGUACAGAGACACUGAAGGACUCCUGAAUCCAGUUCAGAUCGGACCAAACCUGACCAUCAGCAACACCGACCCGUCACACAGAGGACGAUACUACUGUAGAGCUGAGAACAAACAUGGCACUCAGAACACAUCAGUGCUGCUGGACGUCCAGUAUGGUCCUAAAAACACAUCGGUGAGGAUAAAUCCAGCUGGUUUGGUUCUGGAGGGCUGUUCUGUGACUCUGAGCUGCAGCAGUGAUGCAAACCCAGCAGUGAACUACACCUGGUACAGAGACACUGAAGGACUCCUGAAUCCAGUUCAGACCGGACCAAACCUGACCAUCAGCAACACCGACCCGUCACACAGAGGACGAUACUACUGUAGAGCUGAGAACAAACACGGCACUCAGAACAAAUCAGUGCUGCUGGACGUCCAGUAUGGUCCUAAAAACACAUCGGUGAGGAUAAAUCCAGCUGGUUUGGUUCUGGAGGGCUGUUCUGUGACUCUGAGCUGCAGCAGUGAUGCAAACCCAGCAGUGAACUACACCUGGUACAGAGACACUGAAGGACUCCUGAAUCCAGUUCAGACCGGACCAAACCUGACCAUCAGCAACACCGACCCGUCACACAGAGGACGAUACUACUGUACAGCUGAGAACAAACACGGCACACAGAACACAUCAGUGCUGCUGGACGUCCAGUUUGCGCCCAAAAUCUCCAGCUUUUGUAGCCGAAAAAGCGUAAUGGCGUGUGUCUGUGAGGCUCAUGGGAAUCCCUGCCCUACACUCGAGUGGCGUCUGUCUGGACAUGUGUUCACUAACUCUACAGAAAUAUCCAUCAGUGAGGAGAUGUUAGGAAGCACAGGAGUGAAGAGCAUCCUGACCGUCCAUCAGUCCCUCACAGACACGGAUGUCCUGCAGUGUUUCAGCGCAAACAUUUACGGCAGCGCUAGACAACAGUUUCAGACCAUCCCACCGCCACAAGAGACAGGUUUCCAUUAUCCAUCGGUGCUGCUCGGAGCUGCUGUCGGUGUUUUACUGAUGCUGAUCGUGUGCAUCGUGAAACUCUGCUGUAAACGAAAAAGGAAAGAAAAACCUUCAGAAACCAGUCAAGAUGACACAUCUGGACUCACUCUGACUCAAACAGCCAUUGCUCUGGAUAAUGCUGGUCAGUAUGUUUAUGCCGAUAACGGCGUGCUGUCAUCCAUCACACAGAGUGCACCAGAAUCUCUUCAUUAUUCCUCCAUCGGCUUCACAAACACUGAAUCGCAGUCAGAAGACAUCAGGGGCAUCGCCUUACUGACGUGUGAAUACGCUGCGGUCCAACACUGUUCUGCAGGAGCCACAGAUGCAGAGAACAACACCUCAUCAUCUGAGACACAGCCCAAAAAACACAACAUGAAAGCAGAGAUCACAGACACGCCAUCACUGGCAUCAGAAGACGCGAUUUAUGAAAACACCAGCCAUCGCUACAGAAAGAAAUAACUUUUUUAGGUUUUAUAGAGCGAUUUAAUGGAUAGUUCAUCCAUUCAUCUGCUGCCACAGGGAUUAAGUUUGAUCUUCUGCCUUAUGUGCUUUUUUGACUCUUAAAGUGACGGUACUCAUUGACUUUUUAUUACCAAGGACCACGAUUUCAGCUAAAAAUCUUCCUUAUUCUUUUACUGAAAUAAAAAAGGCACCUACAUCUUGGGUGGAUGGUACUGAUAACAGUUUAACAUUAUUUACCUUAGCGUACCUUUGGGGUCUUUGCUAUUAUAUUCCAAUAUUUAGUUAUAGUUAUAGAUAAAGAGUUGUUUUUUACAGAUGACUUGCUGCUGUGUUUAAUAAUUUAAGUUGUUAAAAUAACAUUCUGUUCUGUAAAUGCA